AUGUCGACGGACGUUUCUACUACUGGUGUAGAGGUUGGAAACCUUGAACACAAACCGAUUGAACCAAAACCGGUCGAAAAAAAGGGGACCACUAGCGGUGUAAAAUCGUUCUUGGCAGGAGGGUUUGGUGGAAUGUCGGCUGUGCUUGUCG